UCUUUGCACCAAGAGACACCACCCACUCUAGUCUCCUCGCCGACUGACAGGGACUCUGACUGACUGUCGUCUUCGUGAUUUCUGUAGCUUUGACAACAGAAUGGAAAAUGAACACACAACAGACAGGAUGGACACAGCGAACACAUUGAGCUCAGACGUCACAGACUCCAGUAAAAGAGUAAGUUAUUUGAUUGAGAAGUAUAAAGAUGUAGGAUUUGGUCAGCCUCGGAAAUUCUCUAAGGAGCCACAGUCUCAAGUCUGCAUGUCCUCCGUAGUGCGUAGUUUUGGAAACGUUGGCACUUUGUGCGCUGCGCCUCCUGGCUCAAGCAACAACAGUACCAUGUUCAAAGACUGUACGGUCAGAGAUAACGCAUCACUUAUCAAUAAAGCGUUUUAUGACCGCUCUGACCCUGUGCGCUGGACAGAGGUGCGUGGUAUAGAGGGAGUGAAGGAUUCCACGUUACCGCAGCCGAUCCCAACAGUAACUCAUGAAAGUUUGCAGAGAGCGGCUACGAACAUGAUAUCGACACCCAGUUCAACCACAGCCACCGGGGUCUGUAGGAUCAUCAAAGAUGAGAAGGAGCCGUCACUAAUCAUGGAAACACCGUGUCCCGAUUUUGACCUAACGGCCAAUAUCCCUACCCUCGAGAGCUGUUACGACAGCGAGAGGAAACAACAACAGUUAGGUUUUCUGGAUGAUUCCGCAGCGUCUUUCCCCACCUCCGCGCCUGGACAACAGCACCAACAAGUACUAUUGGACUGUUCACCGAACUUUCUAGUCGACUUGAAUCAGAACGACCAGAUGUCGACGGUUCCCCAGGUCCGUGCAGACUCACGCGGUGUUCCCUUUCCUACUCAUCCCGGUAAGGGCAUGCUGAGUUUUGAUGUAAUGAGCAGUAACGGACAGGGUCCACAGCAGCAUUUGAUGAUUUAUAAGAGUGAAAUGCCCAGAUGGUCCAUUCAGACCUCUCCUACUCAUUCCUCGUUUUGGUGCCAGUCCAGCGGGGUCUCCGAGGACCAGUACCCACACCAUGGCUACUCCUCCCCGGAUGGAAUUCACACCUCAGCCCUGCUCCAGAGGUCCCCAACCUAUACAGGAUAUGGCGGUGUUCCACCCCAGAGACUAUGUAUGAUCUGUGGAGAUGAGGCCUCAGGGUGUCACUAUGGGGUCCUCACAUGUGGAAGCUGCAAAGUGUUCUUUAAACGAGCGGUCGAAGGACAUCAUAACUAUCUCUGUGCCGGUCGAAAUGACUGCAUCGUGGAUAAAAUACGGAGAAAGAAUUGUCCUGCGUGUCGCCUGAGGAAGUGCUACCAAGCUGGGAUGAUGCUCGGAGGGCGGAAGCUGAAGCGUUUUGGGGCCCUGAAGGCAGGUCCAGCCUUGAUGUUCCAGGGGCCCUUAUCAGCCCUGGGAGAUGGUCUGGCCCCAGCCUUGAUGUUCCAGGGGCCCUUGUCAGCCCUGGGGGAUGGUCAGACCCUGGCCUCUCUACCCUGCAUGCCUGGCCUCAACGAGCUGCAGCUCUCCCCUCAGAUCAUCAGCAUUCUGGAGAGCAUUGAGCCUGAGGUGGUGUACUCUGGCUAUGACAACUCCCAGCCUGACAUGCCACACCUCCUCCUCAACAGUCUCAACAGACUGUGCGAUAGACAGCUGUUGUGGAUCGUCCGGUGGUCCAAGUCCCUGCCAGGGUUCCGUAGCCUCCACAUCAACGACCAGAUGACACUCAUCCAAUACUCCUGGAUGAACCUAAUGGUGUUCUCUCUGGGCUGGAGAUCUUUCCAGAAUGUCACCAGUGAAUACUUAUACUUCGCUCCUGAUCUUAUCCUUAGCCAGGAUCGUAUGAGGAGAUCUCCCAUAUAUGAUCUGUGUCUGGCCAUGCAGUUCAUUCCUCAGGAGUUUACCAGCCUCCAAGUCACCAAAGAGGAGUUCCUCUGUAUGAAAGCCAUCAUGAUUCUCAACACUGUUCCAUUGGAGGGUUUAAAGAGCCAGGCCCAGUUUGAGGAGAUGAGACAGAACUACAUUCGGGAGCUGACCAAGGCUAUCCAUCUGAAGGAGAGAGGCAUGGUGGCCUCCUCUCAACGCUUCUAUCAUCUCACCAAGCUCAUGGAUGCCAUGCAUGAGAUUGUGAAGAAAGUGAACCUGUACUGUCUUAGUACCUACAUCCAGGCUGACGCCAUGAAGGUUGAGUUCCCUGAAAUGAUGUCAGAGGUCAUCUCCUCCCAGCUCCCCAAGGUCCUGGCCGGCAUGGUCAAGACCCUCCUCUUCCACGCCAAGUGACCAAUCACAGGAGACAACCAAACCUGCACCGCGCAAAGCACCAUGGAAGAAUAGAAUAUACCCAAAGAGCAAGAGUUGAAUAAAUAUUUUAUAAACGUCAUCAUAUAUCAAAUCAAAUAUCGACCAAAAUGUUAUGUUGAUUUGAAAAUAGGUCUUUGUCCGGUGGGUGUAUCAUAUCUUUGAAACUAAGACAAUUUAAGUUAAUCGUAAAGGUUUUGGGGAGGUGAUAUUUGGACCAAGUUAAACAUGAAGGUUUUGGGGAGGUGAUAUUUGGACCAAGUUAAACAUGAAGGUUUUGGGGAGGUGAUAUUUGGACUAAGUCAAAAUGUGAAGAUUUUGGGGGGGAAUUAGUUGAGUUUAUAUUUGUGGCAGAAUGAGUCCUUCUCCAAGGUCUGUUUGCCCUGUCUGAAGUCCAAUAGUCCUGCCAGCAGGCAGAUAUGUCCUCCAGUCAGACCUCUUAGAACUGUGAUUCCUUCUCCAAGGUCUGUCUGCCCUGUCUGAAGUCCAAUAGUCCAGAUAUGUCCUCCAGUCAGACCUCUGUGGUGAAUCCAUCAAAGAUACUGUAACGGUGCCUCCCUUCAAUACACUCUUAUCUUUUGAGGUGGUGGAAUUUUAUAUAUAGAAGUUGUGUUAGCAUUUUUAAUUUGUGAGAAUUACUGUUUUGCUAGACUUGUAAGAGAGCUAGGUUUACGUCCCAAAUUGCACCCUAUUCCCAACAGUGCACUGCUUUUGACCAGAGUGCCAUGGGCUCUGGUUGAAAGUAGUGCACUAUGUAGGGAAUAGGGUGCUGUUUGAGACGCAGCCUUAAAACUGCUAUACCAAGUUUUGCUUUUUGCGUUAGUUUUCAGUGACAUACAUGUCACACUCCCUGCUUCAUGGCUGGGCAGGCAUUUAUAUAUCUCAAGUUACGCAAGUUACACAAAAUACACAAUGCCAUUCUAUUUCAUGUACCAUUAAAUUACAUAACUACUGUAUUUUUUUAAAGGGAGCACAAGGGGAAUGAUGUUAUUUCAAUGCCAUUGCUAUUCGCAGAAAUGUGGAAAAAUAAAUGUUCCAUUGCUCUGCGAUAAGGAAAUACCAUCUGAACCUCCUCCCCGAUCCUCAAGAUAAAGACAUAUAGAGCGAGAGACAGAUAAAAAGAGAGAAAGAGGAGAGGAGAAAUAAAGAGAGGGAGGAGAGCGAUAGUGGGAGGAAAGAGAGAAUAAGGGAGGAAAAAGAGAGAGAGGAGAGAGAUAAAGGCAGGAAAAAGAGAGAUGAGAGAGAGGGAGGGAGGAGAGAGAUAAAGAGAGAGUAGAGGAUAAAUAGAGAGGAAGGAAAGGA